AUGGAAUUGGAAAAUAUCGUGGCCAACACUGUAUACAUCAAAGCCCGCGAAGGGGCCGGUGGCAAGAGGAAAGGUAGAAGUAAAAAAUGGCGGAGCAUGCUAAAAUUUCCAAAUAUUGCUGAGUGCGAAGAUAUACGUAACAGCAUCUUGUUCGACUUUGACUCAAUGUGUAUCAAGCAACCUAUUGGUAAAAUCGUUUUUGAACAAUUUUGUGGAACGGAUAAUUUAUUAAAAAAGUGCAUCGAUUUCCGUACUGCUGUAUCCGAAUUAGAAAUUGCUGAUGAAGAAGAUAUUAUCAACUUAUCAAAUGACAUUUUCAACAAGUUUUUGGUAGAUUCGUCAGCAACUUAUUUGGAUUCGCUGAUUGACGAUAACCUGACCCACCAAGUUAGGGCCAAAUUGGACGAUAAGCCUACCAGAGAAAUGUUCGAAGAUUACAAUAUUCAUGUUAAGGAAUUUUUACGGGGAAAGCCAUUUGAGGAUUACCGCAAAAGUUUAUUUUAUUCUAGGUUUAUACAGUGGAAAUGGCUCGAAAGUCGUCCGGUUACAAAGAAAACUUUUCGAUUAUAUCGUGUGCUAGGCAAAGGUGGCUUUGGCGAGGUUUGUGCAUGCCAGUCGCGUUGUACGGGUAAAAUGUAUGCGAUGAAAAAGUUAGAAAAAAAGAGAGUAAAGAAACGUAAAGGUGAAGCUAUGGCUUUAAAUGAGAAACAGCUGUUAUACCAGAUGAAUAGUAAUUUUGUUGUAAAUUUAGCGUAUGCCUAUGAAACAAAAGACGCUUUGUGCAUGGUUUUAACUAUCAUGAGUGGUGGUGAUCUUAAAUUUCAUAUACAUAACAUGAAUGCUCAGAGCGGGUUAACAAUGGAUCGUGCAGUAUUUUAUGCUGCUGAAAUUUUGCUUGGAUUACAGCAUUUGCACUCUGAAAGAAUCGUUUACAGAGAUAUGAAGCCGGAAAAUAUAUUAUUGGAUGAUGCAGGCCAUGUAAGAAUAUCCGAUCUGGGUUUAGCGAUUCAUAUACCGUCCUCAGAAACCGUUAAAGGACGUGUUGGCACUGUUGGUUAUAUGGCGCCUGAAGUUGUAAAGAACGAACGCUACACGUUUAGUCCUGACUGGUGGGGCUUGGGUUGUAUUAUUUAUGAAAUGAUUGAAGGCAGGUCACCAUUUCGAGCUAGAAAGGAAAAAGUUAAAAGAGAAGAAGUCGAUAGACGCGUCAAGGAAGAAAAGGAAAACUAUUCCGAAAAAGCUACUCCAGAAUUUAGAGAUAUCUGCGAAAAAUUAUUGGAGAAAGAUCCGAAAAAACGUUUGGGUUGUGUCGAAGAUGGAGUUGAAUCACCAAAUGAUCACCCAUUCUUUAAAUCUAUUGAUUUUGCGAAGUUGGGGGCGUUAAAGGUGAAACCACCUUUUGUGCCCGAUCCGCGUGCUGUUUACGCUAAGGAUGUACUGGACAUCGAGCAGUUUUCUACCGUAAAAGGCGUGCAAUUGGAUGAAAGUGACACUAGCUUUUAUAAAAAAUUUGCUACUGGAAGUGUUCCGAUACCCUGGCAAAAUGAAAUGAUAGAAACUGAAGUUUUCAAGGAGUUAAACGUUUUCGCUCCAGAUUUUUCUCCAACCCCAGAUUUAAUACCACUUCCUCCGGAGGAGUUAAAGAAGCAGCAAAAAACUAGAUCAAAGAAAAAGAAGAAUGGAUUCUUUAGUCGAUUGUUUGCAAGAAAGGUAUAG